AUGGAUAGCAAUUCAGUGUCACCGAUGCCGGAACUGGCCCCGAUAGCUGAGUUUGAUAAGUCUCCUCCUUCUCCGCCCAACGAGGAGGUACCUAUGGACGAUCUGCCACCACCGCCCGCCACCAUCUCUCAAGCUGAAGGCAAGAAGAUUAAAAUAUACGUUGAAGUUGAAGUAGGGCGCAUAUCGCGUCCGGAUCGAGUCGAGAUCUCUGAGAGUUGUGACACGAUCGACGAGGGAAACAUGUUCAUGUGA